CAUUCAAUUUAAAAGUGUGUAGUAGUGCGAAGAAGUGAUGACAGAGUUCCGAAAACGUCCAAGACAAAAUAUGAAAAUUCCUUGUGCUUCUCAAGAUAAAUAAAACUAAAAAAUAAACAAAACGUACAACAAAAGGGUACAAAAUUUCAGGAAGCGAGAAGAAAGAUUUUAUAAUAGGAAUUCCAAGGGGAAUGAAAAAAAAAUAAGAGAAGCAAGGAAAGUGAAGUGCCACUCCUUUAUGCGAAAGGCGAAUAUGCCAACAAUGGAGACAAAGUGCCCGGAGAAAUAGUGAACGGAAAACGCGAUAAUUAAAAUGGAUCUACAGUACGGGAUGGCGAGCUAGAAAUUACAUGUAAAAAAUUCCAGAACGAAGUCAGUUGAAUGCACGAAAAUGCAAUGAAAAGUGAAGUGAAUGCAGCCGAAAAAUAAGUAGAUAAAGAAACAUGUAACGAGUGCGUGUGAAAUUCAAGUUAAUGAAGAAACAAGUCUGAGUGAGAUAAUUGAAACGUAAUUGGUGAUUAAUUAAAGCGCUCGGUAAAAUUAAGCACGAGUGGAAUGCGCCCAGAAAAUAAAGCUGGAAAAUAGUACGAAGUAAAAAAAGUUUAAGUAAAGAAUAUACCUGGAGUUGGGGGUCAAAAGUCCCUCAGAAAAAAGUAGGUAGAGAAUAGAAGAAAAUGCAGUGAAGUGCGGUGCGAGGUCGAAGAAGUAUUUUCAAGCCGUACGAUUCACUGAUCCGUAUAGCAUAUGUGCCACCGGCGCAGAGCGUUCAAAAGCUCUGCAUGAGUCACUAACUUUUGUAAGCAAUCGCGCUAGCAGCGGCAGCGCUAGCCAGCAGCAAAGUAGCGUAGCAACAACAUAACACACACUCACCCUACAUAGGCGACUUGCAAUUACCAUAAUCAGAUGCAAUAAUUCAUUCACAGACUGUGUAGAUAUCAAUAUUAAACACCCUCAAUAAAUAUAUAAAUUCCAAAUCGUCCACACAUAUACCGUCAAAAUGACAAGUUUUACAAGUCUGAAGGGUUGGUUUCGCAAGAAGGAACCCAUCUCUGAAAUUGGAAAUCCUACCAAUUUUCAGCGGCAUUACCACGUAUCCCGGAAUGAAGAGACUGGACAUCUGGAGGGCUUGCCAGCAUCUUGGACAAGGCUUAUGAAUGCGCAGAUCACCCGCGAUGAACAGGAUAAAAACCCAGAUGCUGCCUAUCAUGCAGUUAAAUACUACAACUAUUCCAUAAAGAAAAAGGACAAUGACGUAUUUAAACCCUUCAUAACUGAAGAGGCUAUACAUGAGGAGUCCAAAGAGAUUGACAACUAUGUGAACUAUAAAAAUAAGCACAAGUCACAUGACCCCGAUAAAUCCGAUGACGACGAACUAUACGGUGGUGGCAGCUCGACAGGUGAGAGUGGUGCCUCCUCCAGUGGCAACAGCAAUAGCAGUAGCUUCAAUGAUAACCAGCAAGCCAUCCGCAUGACAGGUUUAAAUCAAGUGAUAAAAGAAUUAGAGUCAAAUUUACUCGCACAACGCGAAACAUUGAAACCAAUAUCAACAUUCACAGGUGACGACCGCCCACCAUUACCCGCCAAAAAAUUGCAAACCCUACCGCCUAAGCCUGUAUUAAAACCCAAACCUCGAGCUGUCACCCAGCAGCUCUCGCGUGGAGUAUCCGAUCUCACCGCUAUUAAUUUAACAGAGGAACCAUUAAACAAAAUUAACACAGAUACUAUAAUCCUCAAGCCCGCCGUUCCAGCAGCUGAUGGUGAUGCGGAGCCUGCUGACGAAUCUAUUCUGCGUCGCUCAAAAGAUAAACGUGCACAAAAGACAGACGCUGAGAUAUAUGAGGAGCUUCGAGCAAUUUGUAAUAUGGAUGACCCGCGCGAGCGCUACCACACUACACAGGAAGUGGGCAAAGGGGCAUCGGGUAUUGUAUUCAUAGCCGCAGAUUUGCAAACCGAAGCGCAGGUUGCCGUAAAAACAAUCGAUUUAAAAAAUCAGUCUUCAAAAGACCUCAUCCUUACCGAGAUAAGGGUAUUGAAGGACUUUAAUCAUAAAAAUUUGGUAAACUUUCUGGAUGCAUAUUUGCUUGAACCAGAAGAUCAACUUUGGGUAAUAAUGGAGUAUAUGGAUGGCGGUCCGUUGACCGAUGUUGUCACUGAAACUGUUAUGAAAGAACGCCAGAUCGCCUGCGUUUGUCGUGAAGUGCUUUAUGCAAUAAGUUUUCUACAUUCCAAAGGUAUCAUUCAUCGUGACAUUAAGUCAGAUAAUGUCCUUCUGGGUAUGGAUGGUUCGGUGAAGGUUACCGAUUUCGGUUUCUGUGCAAAUAUCGAGGGCGACGAAAAACGCCAAACAAUGGUCGGUACACCAUAUUGGAUGGCACCGGAGGUUGUAACUCGUAAGAAGUACGGAAAGAAAGUAGAUAUCUGGUCAAUUGGUAUUAUGGCUAUAGAAAUGAUUGAAGGUCAACCACCAUAUCUCUAUGAGACACCUCUUCGCGCGCUCUAUUUAAUAGCUGCUAAUGGCAGACCAGAUAUUAAAAGUUGGGAAAAAUUAAGCCCUAAUCUGCAAGACUUCCUCGAUUGUUGUUUGCAAGUGGAGGUCGACAAACGUGCAACAGCUGAUGAGUUACUAAGGCAUCCAUUCUUAGAAGAUUGCAGUGAAGUAAAAGCGUUAGUGCCAAACAUAAAAGCAGCCAAAAAAGUCUUGCGGCGCAUGGUGUAAUGCACAAUGAAUGGGGGAAAA